UCUCUCUCUCUCCAUCUCUCUAGUGAGCUUCUUUCAGCCCGGACUGGUUCUGACAUGCAGUGCUGAAGCAGUCAGUCAACUUAAUCAUUAUCUGAAUUGUGUUGAACAUGACACAGAACAUUUGCAAUGAUAUUUAUUUACGCCUAGUGAUGGAGAAUAUAAGCCCAAAACAUGCUAUUAUCGUUUCUAUUAAGCCCCUUCCUGCUAUUUCGUGUCGGAUCGAUAAUUAUUUCACGGAAGUAGUUACCAUGUACAUCAUUAGUCCAGGUAUAAAUACCACCCAGGCUCGACCCAUACAUCGGAUGUGGGUGACCAGCAGCCCCUAGCCAUUAUCAAUUUGUCAGUCGUUAGUACAGACCAGUGGCCAGGGACGGGAAAAAAGGAAACAUGUCAAGACUAACAACUAUUCUAGCACUUUCCUUUUUCCUCUUUGGUCUUGUGUUGUCUCUCGACGACUUUUUAGACUGCCCAGGCAAUGAUGGAUUUUUCCACUUUUUCCGUCGCUGCUGUACCAGCGAUGAUCUCCCUAAUGGCUGUGAGUGUUUCGACACUUCUUACUUAUCCCCCUUCACCAACUCCGGCUUCCAAUUGCCAUCGUGCCCAAACCGCAUCGAUGCCAGCUUCAAACUCUUCAAUCCCUCCAGUAAAUCUGGAUCCAUCAUCAAGGCUGACAAGGACUGUGUUUCUGACAGCGAGUUCGACCCUUCCCUUCCUACCCGUGUUGUCACUCAUGGCUUCACCGAGUCCGGAAGCACCUCGUGGAUGUUGGAGAUGAAAGAUGAGUUUCUCAAACUCGAGGCGUGCAACGUCAUCUUGGUGGACUGGAAACGGGGGGCAAGGGCACCUAACUAUAACCAAGCUGUGGCCAACACCAGAGUUGUCGGUGCUAUGAUCGCUCGUCUUGUUGAUGACUUGAACAUCUGCAAAAAUGCUGAUUUCCAGGAUUUUCACCUGAUCGGUCACUCCCUGGGUGCACAUGUCAUGGGCUACGCCGGGGAGGAGAUAGAGAGACUGAGAGAGGUGAAGCUGGGGCGGAUUUCAGGUCUUGACCCAGCAGGCCCGAAGUUCGAUGGGUAUUCCACGGUGGUGAAAGUGGACGAGUCAGAUGCCAGCUUUGUGGACAUCAUACAUACAGAUGCUGAAGAUUGGUUGAGCCCUGGUCAGUAGUGUGUGUGUGUGUGUG